AUGAGCAUUCGGCGCGAUGAGGCAGACCGGGUUCUUCGAUUGAAGAGCCGGGAGAGAGAGUCCCAUGCAUGUUAUCCCUGUCGGAAACGCAAGGUUAAAUGCGAUGGAAACCAGCCCUGCCGGACUUGCCAGAAGCGAAAACACCCGCAAAUCUGCGACUUUGACAUUUCGGAGCAUUCGAGGCGCAGGUCGACAUCUCAACACCUCGCUCAACCAGCUUCAUCGAUAGCGCCCCAAGCAGUGACUGAAACUGUUGACCAAACUCCAAUUCAGAACGAUGAUAGUUCAAAAAUUUAUGUCUACUCGGGGGACAACUCCGUGGUCUCAAUCUUGCGCUCACGGGCAUCGGAUGCUAAUGAUUCCAUGGCGCGGGAAGUCAGCUCUGUCUUAGGUCUCCAAAACACUUUCAACAGCUAUCCAUUUAUGGACUCGAAAACUCCCUCAGAAAAAUGGGAAUCUUUGCUACAAGUUUUACCACAGCGAAUGGAAAUCUUGAAGUUUUUCCACUACUACCGGGUGACAGCAUACCCAUACAAUCCAAUCUUGGCAGAUAUGGAUCGUUUCGAGGCUGACCUGUGCACAUACCUCAAUGCCCAUGCUUCAGGGGAACUCAAGGACCCAGGGAAGAUCACGGAUCGAUGGGCGACGGACAAAUCCAUUGGUCACAUUAGCCUCUUACUGGCCACCUUGGCAGCAGGGGCUCAUUAUUCCGAUGUGGAAUAUCCUCGGAGAUUAGAGCUUGCAACGGACUUUGCCCGCAGGUCGUUCCAUGCUCUCCGUCUCGCGAAUUUUCUCUUCCGACCUUCCCUGGAUGCCAUCCAGGCGCUUCUAAUAGUCGGGAACACAUUGCAGAACACGGGGCAGUCAGACGCUGCAUGGGCGUUGCUCGGUACGACAGUUCGACUGGCUCAAACGAUGGGGCUUCAUACUGAAAGAAGCACUAUUCACUGGCCUGAGUAUGUACGAACAAAAGCUAGAAAGCUAUGGUCGACUGUCGUUUGGCAAGAUAGCCUUCUCUGUCUCUGCUAUGAUCGCCCACCCAUUGUUUCCGUGACAGGAUGGUCAUUUGACCACGCACGCUUUGAAAAAAAUGACCUGUCCUAUCCAGAGACUAUGCACCUUAUAUGUCGUCUAGGACUGGACAUUAUGCGACCAGAAAAUCUUGGCGUUACAGAAGUCGACAGAGCCAUUGAAGGACUCCGAAGAUUGGACAAUCUCGGCCAGCGAAGUCAGCAUUACUUGCGAAAUCGGGAAAGUUGUAUCACAUUUCAACAGAAUCUUGAGCAUCUGGCACUGAGGAUGCAUACUUCAUUUUGUAUAUCUGUGCUUUGCCGACCGGCCAUGAAACAAUCGCAGCCCCAGCCGCUCAAUCCACAAGCCGAUAUACUUCGGACGCGCGCAAAGGCGGGCUUGAUUGAUGCAUCCACGGCGUUCCUUGACUUCCAGGCUCUCAGUGUCGUUCCCUUGCGGAGCUGGUCGAUGGUACAUACAGUUCUAAGUUCUACUUUGCUUCUUUGCAUCUGGGAAGAGACGCGCCAUGACCCCGAGUGUCGCAGUCUGCAGCAACGGGUGAUCGAUGUAUUUUCUUCAUCGGAUUCCAGGACUACAGAAGGGACUCCGUCAGAGAGCGACGGCCAGUGGUUGUCUGCUCGACACAUUCGAGCCCUGAUUACCCUCCGAAGUGCCUUGGACCGAGAAAGUGAUAGGGCUACAAACUACCCCGAGGACCCGGGAAUGGGAUUCGAAGCUGCUCCGGGCGUCAACUUCAGCAAUCAGGAUGGCUACAUGCCAGUGGAAAUGUUGGAUCCGUUCGGCAUUUCACCGGUAACGUAUCUAGACUCAAUCAUGAAUGUCCCCCUGUUUGACUUUACACAGGAGAAUGGAUUCCUAUGA